AUGAGUGUCAAUAGAAAUUCUCUUGGCCCCAUUUCCGGUUUGACCUUUACCACAACACUCCAGAAUGGAGGCCUACUCGUCACUUUCCUCGCACUCUUCGUUACUUUCGCCGGUACCUGCUGUUGGACAAUCGUCUCAUUUGCCAUCCACCAAAUGUUGAGCCAGCAGGCUCCCCAGCGCGCGAUAUACCACCAGCAACAAGCAAUACUUCGCAAUUCUGGUACCAGUGCUGCGGCGUUCUGGAGACUCUCGAGGAUGACAUGGGCCUGGCGUAGGCAUAACUCUGUCGCUUCGUUUAAGCGUACAUUACUGCCGUUAGCUUUGAGUCUAGUUACUUUCAGCGCUUUCGCCAUCGCUGGCGUGUUUUCAUCGAGAGUUGCUACUUCGAGGGGCGGCGAGGUCCUCAUCGCCGGCAGCAAGUGCGCUAUCUACAACAAUUCUCUAAUAACAUAUCAGAACUUUGGCCUAGGCCAGGCAUACUUGGCCAAUAGGAUUAGAUCGAGCGCUAACUAUGCAUCGAGCUGCUAUACUGGUUCGAGGUCCCCAGGAGCCUGCCGCACUUUUAUUCGAGAUACCCUUCCUUUCAAGAUUACACGUAAAACUCCCUGUCCUUUCCCAGGGAAGGACCGGAUAUGUCACUCUUCCGAAGGAGCCAUCCGUCUUGACUCCGGUCUUCUCAACAGCCACUUCGAUCUAGGCAUUAAUUCUCCGCCAUCCGCGAGGUUUCUCUACCGAGCAGUUAACGAAUGUGUACCAUUGCGUAGCGAAGGAUUUACGUACUUGAACUCAUCUACAUCACCAAAAACCUUACAAUUCCGCUACGGAAGCAAUCCCAAAACCUGUAAGACCGAUAGAGAUGGGUGCACUUGGGAACUCAAUUUCGGAGAGGCCAAAGAUGUUAACAAAAGCUAUGAAGACAGCUUCGACGAAAUUUUCGAGUACAACCUUAAGGUGAUUACACAUUGGGACGCACCCUUAAACACCACUGCAAGAAUCACGUGGGAACCGAUCCCUGAACUCUCGGUUUCGAACGCAGAUGUCAGCGUUAUUUUUCUCAAGAUGGAUGGUAUGAAAUUUUACGCACCUGUAAAAGAUCCGUGGUUUAAUGCGGAGCAUGGGCCUUUCAACGCUAGUACUGUCGUUGGAAAGAUGUCACUUUACUCCAGCGAUCAGCCAGCACGGAUAUACGAGGCCAUCGAGACUGCAUCUUCAACGAUAUUCCCGCAACCAAGCCAUAGGAGAGCAUUCUUAUGGUCGGGGACCUCAAUUCUCUGGAGGUCGAGUGGUGUUAACGAAACUAUUCUGACAUUAAAGGGCGGAGCCCUAAGAGCAAGUGACUCUCUUUCAGCGGUGGGGCAAUACGCUUUACCCAGCAAUCAAUGGGAGCUUGAGCUUGAACAUUGGUUCAGACUCACGUUAGCCGACUUACAACGAGCAAUGCUUGACCUUGCAACUGAGCCAGUCAUUCCAGAAGCCGGCGAAUUUCACGCUCCGCCUUCUUUCGCUGAAGAGCGUACUGUUUGUGGCAACUAG